GUUCUCGUCCGGUUAGCGUUUGAUUGAGUCAUUGAGUUGGUGGGCUUUUGUGUUCACCACAACAGUGCGCCUGUCCUGACCACUGGUGUCCAUGUCUGGUGAGGCCGGGACCCCAUAGGCUGUGUAGUGUUUCACUGUUUCCCUUCUUUUAGUCUUGCAGGGCUUUGGAAAUGAGUGUGAUGAGUGCAUCCCGAAGAGUUUUGCCGGGCAGGCUGUGUGUCACCCUUUUUCUCCUCCUGCUGGCAGCCCGGUGCGUUGCGCAGGAAAACCCCCUCACUAAAGGAUGUGGGUACCCAGGGAUACCGGGGGACCCCGGCCACAACGGAAUGCCGGGCAGGGACGGUCGAGACGGACUCAGAGGUGACAAGGGCGACAGAGGUGAGAUUGGUGUCACUGGACAAGGUGGUAGAGAUGGCAACAAUGGAGAGAAAGGAGAGAGUGGUGGAGCAGGACCAUUGGGUCUGAAAGGAAAGAAGGGCGAACAUGGAGAAAGGGGGGCCCCUGGGAAGAUGGGGCCCCAAGGCGUCCUAGGGCCCCUAGGCCUGAAGGGGAUCCAAGGAGAAUUUGGCCCACCAGGACCUAGAGGACCCAAAGGGGAUAUAGGGCCCCUGGGGCCAGAGGGGUCUCAGGGGGAAGUGGGCCCUCGAGGAGACAGGGGUAUCCAGGGGGCCCUAGGACCACCAGGGAGACCAGGUCCCAAAGGAGACCUGGGUGUUCCAGGUCACAAAGGCAACAUUGGCUACCGGGGGGAGAGAGGUGGGCGGGGGGAUGUGGGGGAGAAGGGCCAAAAGGGGGACACAGUCAUUAUCCCCAAGAGCGCCUUCUCUGUGGGUCUCACAGAGCAAACCAAGCAGCCGCCGCCUGACGCGCCCAUCCGGUUCAACAAGAUAAUAUACAACCUACAGAAUCACUACGACCCAGAGACUGGCCGGUUCACAUGCGCUGUGGCUGGGGCAUACUACUUUAGCUAUCACAUUACCGUGUUUGCCCGAAACGUCAAGGUGGCUCUGGUGAAAAAUGGGGUGAAAUUCAUCUACACCCAUGACGUCUACCAGAGCGGCGAGGACCAAGCAGCAGGGGGCGCUGUUCUCAACCUGGCGGUGGGCGACAAAGUGUGGCUCCAAGUGGUGGGAGGGGAGUUGUACAAUGGCCUCUUCGCUGAUGAAGAUGAUGACACAACUUUCUCCGGUUUCUUGAUCUUCGGGGCUUAAAUGUGGCCCCUAAAUAUAAUGUACUAAAUGGACUGUUAUAGAGGUUAGUGAUGUUCUGAUUAAAUUAAAUCGAACCUAAUUGUCUGGAUGUCAAUGACUUUCAAUGUGUAUUAUGAGAUAGGCCUACCUGCUGGGCCUAGUUACUUUUGCUUUUGGAAUCUGACAUAAUGUAAAGGUGAAAUAAAUAGAUGUGUAAAAACUAUUGCUAAUACACUCUUCAAACAAAAA